ACGCAAGCGGAAGUACGUCUAGCAUCAUCAUAGUGGCAAGAUGGUGGCCACCAGAAGAGGAACACGCGUGGGCUCCCCGGUGAAAAAUACUAGUGAAGAAAAUUCUGGAGACACGCAGCCUACUCCUUCGACCAGAAGAACACAACGCAGAACUCUAAUGGAGGAAAAUCAGUCCAACUCCGAACUUGCAGAUGCAUCCCAGACAGAUGAGCUGAAGUAUGACAGUACUGCCUCUUCCUCAGUAGCUAGUCCGCCCAAGCGAGGAACUAGAAGAUCCACACGUCUCCUUGCUGACAAAAAGGAACCACACUCUACCAAUGAAGCUGAUGUGUCUGAGUCAGAGUCCAGCUGCUCUGUAGUUUCUGAUAUGCAGGCGACACCCAGAACCCGACGGAGGACUGCAGUCAGGGAGAAGCCAACUGUGCAGGAUGAGGCAUCCGAAGUUGAAUCCUGCUCUUCGGAGGUGUCUACAACCCGUUCUCACAGAGUUCUGCGCAGCCUGAGGAAGCGUGUUCUGGCUUCAGCGGCUAUAAAAGAUGCCAUAAUGGAUGACGAUGGUGAUCCCUCAGGGCCUGAAUCCUGCAGUUCUGCUGUAUCCCUCACUACAGCUAUGGACACUCGUCGGAUAACAAGGAGCCAUAGGAAGACUGCUGUUCCUUCCACAGAAGCAGAUUCAUCUGAACCAGAGUCAUGCUCCUCUAGCGUUUCUGGCCUUCGUGGCUCUGCAGUCCGCAGAUCUUCUCGAAACCAGAAGGUCAAAAGCACCAAGCCCAUCCCUUUAAGCUUCGAGGAAACCACAGACACCCCUUCUUCUCCAGUGUCCAAGAAGAGAGGCUGUAGGCGCAAAACUGUUUACAAUGAGGAAAAUGAUUCGGAUGGAUGCAAGUCUGGUCCCAGCAUGAGUCCAUGGAGAUCCACAAGGCAUCAACCCAAACUUGGUGAGUCAGAUUCAGAAUUGGUAGCUACAGAUGUCUGCAAAUCUCUGAGUAGCCAAAGCCCUCAAAGAGGAAGGGGGACUCCUUGUAGUAGCCGAACUGGGUCUGCUAGUAGUACCCGUGCAGUUCCUGUAACUAGGGCAAGAAGUAAAGCUAAAGCUGAUGUAGGUGACACCAUUACAACUGCUGCUGCCAUGACUGAGGAUUUGGGUGAGGAGCUUGAACCUCAUCCUGAAAGUAUUCCAGUAUUUGAUGGAGAUAAAGCUGACGACACAGUAGAAAUACUGGAUAGCACUUUGGUCAUGGACACCAGUGAAGCUCAAGAGUGUACCAUUAUUGAGGAGAGCACUGAAGAUACCACUGUAGUUCUUAAUCAGGGUGAGCCCAUCAAGAUGCAGGAAUCCCAGAGCACCAUGCAAGACGCAGAGCCGCUGGAGUACAGUGGAACUGAAACUCUGACACUUAAAGAAGAAUCUGUGGCUGCAACUUCUGGUAUGCUAAUUGAAGAGCCUGGAGAUGUUGCCAUGGAAAAUGAUGAGCCAGAGUUUGUGGAGACAAGCCAUUUUGUUGAAAAUCAAACAUGUUCUGUGCUUGUCAAGGAGGAUGUGGUAGAAGCUGUGUCAGAAGACCCUAAACCAGCUGUGGCUGAGGAGGCCAUUGAGGAUCAGCGUUGUUCUGAGCAUGUGGAGGAUACAGUAGAAGCUGUGGCAGACGAGACUGAAACAGCUGUGGUUGAGGAGGCCAUUGAGGAUCAGCGUUGUUCUGAGCCUGUGGAGGAUACAGUAGAAGCUGUGGAAGAAGAGCCUGAAACAGCUGUGGUUGAGGAGGCCAUUGAGGAUCAGCGUUGUUCUGAGCCUGUGGAGGAUACAGUAGAAGCUGUGGAAGAAGAGCCUGAAACAGCUGUGGUUGAGGAGGCCAUUGAGGAUCAGCGUUGUUCUGAGCCUGUGGAGGAUACAGUAGAAGCUGUGGAAGAAGAGCCUGAAACAGCUGUGGUUGAGGAGGCCAUUGAGGAUCAGCGUUGUUCUGAGCCUGUGGAGGAUACAGUAGAAGCUGUGGAAGAAGAGCCUGAAACAGCUGUGGUUGAGGAGGCCAUUGAGGCGCAAAUUUUUACUGAGCCUGUUGAGGAUGUGGUAGAAACCACUCCAGAAGAUCCUGUACCAACUGUGGUUGAGGAGCAUGAGAACAAGCUUAAGUGUGAAAAGCAAGGUGUAAUUGUUUAUGAGGAAGCUAAUGACACCAUUAAGACAACUGAAAAUAAUUUUAUAAUGUUGAAUGACCUUGAAGGCCCUUCUACAAGCUCACGUAAUGAACUAAAUUUGAUGACCACAGAAGAAAUAUCUAAGAAAUGCUCACCUCAGAAAAAAAUGAUCAGUUUACUCGAUAGCAGUGAGGAUGAAGACAGUGCUGAUGAAGGUCUGACUUCAGAGGAAGAAGGUUGUUCACAGAAAGCUGAAGAUGUGGAGAUGUGUAGUCAAGACAAUGUGAUGUUCGCUGAAGGAAAGGCAUCAAAAAAAACAGAGGCACCUGGCAAUGGACUGUUUGUCAUAGACAAUAAACCUGGACAACAGUCUAAAAAACAGUAUUAUGUUGCUGCCAAGCAAACCGAGGAACAGGACGAGGAGGAUUUUGUUGAUGAGGAAGGAGAUGAUGAUGAUGAUGAAGAUUCAAGAGUCCUGUUCACUUCCAGAAAGCCUCUGAUGCAGUUAUCCAGUGCCAUUGACACAGGUCUGAAAAUGAAGGAACUUGGUGGUUUGUAUAUCAGUUUUGAUGGCAACAAGCCAAAGAGUCAUUCCAACAGUUUGAAAUCCCUGAAGGACCCGAACAAUCCCGAUGAGUUGCUGAAGAAGAGUGUUAUCGUGCCAGAAUUUGAGAAAAAAGAUGCCGUGCCGCCCUACAGUGAAUCAAAACAUGCAGCUAAACUCAAGCGCAAGGCGGAAAGAGAAAAGACAACCGGUGAUGGCUGGUUCAACAUGAGAGCUCCUGAAUUAACAGAAGAGCUCAAAAAUGACUUGAAGGUACUCAAGAUGCGCUCAGCUUUGGACCCAAAGCGCUUCUACAAAAAGAAUGACAGAGAAGGACCUCCCAAGUACUUUCAGGUUGGCACGGUGGUUGACAACCCGGUAGACUUUUAUAGUUCAAGAAUCCCUAAGAAACAAAGGAAAAGGACCAUGGUGGAGGAGCUGCUUGCAGAUGCAGAGUUUAGAAGCUAUAACAAAAAGAAAUAUCAAGAGAUCAUGGCAGAAAAAGCAGCACAGGCUGCUGGCAAGAUGAACAAAAAGAAGCACAAGUUCCAUAAAAAGAAAAUGAAUAAAUAAUUUCAUAAGGCAAA